UAUGGAAGUCUCAAUCUGUUGUUAGGAUCCGUUCGGCAAACACCUCAUAUUUUAAGAUCAAAAUUAAAUUCCAGUAUUUUUUUCUAAUAUUGCACGAAAAAACUAACUAAAAAUGGCUGUGCGACCCUUUGGGCCCGGACCCGGCGUCUAUAUGCUGCCACCCACUGUGGGCUAUGACAAGCAUGACAACCGCAAACAACGGAUGCCGCAGUACUCCUUCGGGAUGCGCACCAAGGCGGUGGGUGAGGAUCUCGGUCCUGGUCCCGGAGCCUACAGGGUCGACAAGCUAACGAGGUACGGCACAAGUAAGGGCCUGGAGUUUUCCAUUUCGCCCAGGACAAAAACGAUUGAUAAGCGUUGCAGUCCCGGUCCCGGAGCCCACGAUGUCCAUAACAAGCCAUUCUUCACUGGUGUCAAUGCCCCGUCUUAUUCAAUGGGUCUGCGAACGGACUUCUCCUUCAAAAAAGAGGGUCCUGGUCCCAAUGCCUACAAGUACGAGGUGAACGCGGUUCGACCUGGAGUCCCAAGCUAUAGCAUGGGCCUGCAAACCAAGGUGAUCAACAAGGCAAACUCCCCGGGACCUGCUGCCUAUGGGGGCGGUGAUAUCAAUGUGAAACUCAACCGUGCCCCCGUGUACUCGAUGCAGCCGCGUACCGCCAUUCCGGGCGAGAGCGUCGGACCCGGACCCAACUACUACGAUCUUAUGUACUAUCGUCCUGGCAGGAGUGGACCGGGUUACUCCUUCGGUGUGCGCCAUCACCAGUUUGCCCCACCCAUGAUAGUUAAAUGUGACAAUAUGUAGCGUGCAAUAUUAGAAAAAAUGUUCUAAAUUUUAGUGAAUAAACAAAACUUUUGGUAACCAA